AUGCAACCUAAUGCAGACCAGAGAAUCGCUCUCAACCGUGCACGACGACCCUGCAACGUCGGCCGCCCGGCCGCCCGCCCGACCUCUUUGGCUUCCAACCCCCCUCCCCCCUUGGGACUCUCGUCGUCACAUCCGCCCUGCCUGUGGUUUUCGUUUCUCCGAGUGGCUUUCUCUUUCGGGCUAUCAUUUCCGGAUCGCACCAAAACAACCGACGAGGAAGAAGGAAGCGGCCGGGGGUCGGGGAGCCUGGAGCCCGGGAAACCCAACGGGCCCAGCUGGAUGUGUGCAGCCCCAAAGGGGUGGAGCGGUAACAUGGUGCAGCCAGGUAGCAGUGACUGUAGCAUGAUGGGAGACGAUUCUUCCCUCGGCAGAGCCGCUGCCCCCCAUCUGCCGGCUGAACUGGCAGGACACGAGGUGAUCCAGCACUUCUUGGCCGAGAACAGAGACCUCAAAGAAGCCAUCCGGCAGAGUAACCACAUGCUACGGGAACGCUACCGGGAGUUCCUGCAGUUCCACACUUCCCACAAGGAAGAGAAGGAUUUCCUCAUGCGCAAGUUCCAGGAGGCGCGGAUCGUCGUGGAAAGCUUGCAGUUGGAACGGGCAGAGCUGAGAAGGCGGCUGGAGGAGGCCAUCCGGGAACUGGAGCCGCUGAAGAGCCAACGGGCGACUUUUCGGCCAUCUUCUCCAGAGAAAGGGACCUCUGGAGCACAAGAAGAGCCAGACACUGUGACCCUUACUCAAGAGGAGGCCAUACUUGCCAUG